AUUGCUCCCUUUGAAGCUGCCAGGGGGGCCGGGAAGCCUGCCCCCUCCUGCCCGCCCGCCCUCUCCGCCCCACCAGCCCCCUCCCUUUUUUCCUCCCUCCCCGCCCUCUCUCCGCUGUCCCCUCCCCGUCGGCCCGCCUGCCCAGCCUUUAGCCUCCCUCCCGCCGCCUCUGUCUCCCUCUCUCCACAAACUGCCCAGGAGUGAGUAGCUGCUUUCGGUCCACCGGACAGACCAGACAGACAGACGUGCGGACGGCCCACCACCCCAGCCCGCCAACUAGCCAGCCUGAGCCUGGUGCCUCCCCUCUCCAGGCCCAUCCGCCAUGUGGCCCCUGUGGCUCCUCGCGUCUCUGCUGGCCCUGAGCCAGGCCCUGCCCUUUGAGCAGAGGGGCUUCUGGGACUUCACCCUGGACGAUGGGCCGUUCAUGAUGAAUGAUGAGGAAGCUUCGGGCGCCGACACCUCGGGCGUCCUGGACCCGGACUCUGUCACACCCACCUACAGCGCCAUGUGUCCUUUUGGCUGCCACUGCCACCUGCGGGUGGUUCAGUGCUCCGAUCUGGGUCUGAAGUCUGUGCCCAAAGAGAUCUCGCCUGAUACCACACUGCUGGACCUGCAGAACAACGACAUCUCUGAGCUCCGCAAGGAUGAUUUCAAGGGUCUCCAGCACCUAUAUGCCCUCGUCCUGGUGAACAACAAGAUCUCCAAGAUCCACGAGAAGGCCUUCAGCCCCCUACGGAAGCUGCAGAAGCUCUACAUCUCCAAGAACCACCUGGUGGAGAUCCCGCCCAACCUGCCCAGCUCCCUGGUGGAGCUCCGCAUCCACGACAACCGCAUCCGCAAGGUGCCCAAGGGCGUGUUCAGUGGGCUCCGGAACAUGAACUGCAUCGAGAUGGGCGGGAACCCACUGGAGAACAGUGGCUUUGAACCUGGAGCCUUCGAUGGCCUGAAGCUCAACUACCUGCGCAUCUCAGAGGCCAAGUUGACUGGCAUCCCCAAAGACCUCCCUGAGACCCUGAAUGAACUCCACUUGGACCACAACAAAAUCCAGGCUAUCGAACUGGAGGACCUGCUCCGCUACUCCAAGCUGUACAGGCUGGGCCUGGGCCACAACCAGAUCCGGAUGAUCGAGAACGGGAGCCUGAGCUUCCUGCCAACCCUCCGGGAGCUCCACUUGGACAACAACAAGCUGGCCAGGGUGCCCUCGGGGCUCCCAGACCUCAAGCUCCUCCAGGUGGUCUAUCUGCACUCCAACAACAUCACCAAAGUGGGUGUCAACGACUUCUGUCCCGUGGGCUUCGGGGUGAAGCGGGCCUACUACAACGGCAUCAGCCUCUUCAACAACCCCGUGCCCUACUGGGAGGUGCAGCCGGCCACUUUCCGCUGCGUCACUGACCGCCUGGCCAUCCAGUUUGGCAACUACAAAAAGUAGAGGCAGCUGCAGCCACCGCGGGGCCUCGGUGGGGGUCUCUGGGGAACACAGCCAGACAUCCUGAUGGGGAGGCAGAGCCAGGAAGCUAAGCCAGGACCCAGCUGCGUCCAACCCAGCCCCCCACCUCAGGUCCCCGACCCCAGCUCGCCGCCCCAUCACAGCCUCUCCCUGGCUCCCAAGGGUGCAGGUGGGCGCAAGGUCUGGCCCCUAUCACAUGCUCCCUCCGCCUCAGAGCUGCCCCUGCUCUCCCACCACAGCCACCCAGAGGCACCCCAUGAAGCUUUUUUCUCAUUCACUCCCAAACUCAAGUGUCCAAGGCUCCAGUCCUAGGAGAGUAGUUCCUGGGUCAGCAGCCAGGAGGUGCUCCAUAAGAAUGGGGACAGUGAACUCUGCCAGGGCUGCUGCACCUGUCCAGACACGCAUGUUCUGUUCCUCCUCCUCAUGCAUUUCCAGCCUUUCAACUCUCCCCACUGCCGCAGCUCCCCUCAGCCCCCUUGCAAGUUCAUGGCCUGUCCUUCCCAGCCCCCCUGCUCCACUGGCCCUUCGACCAGUCCUCCCUUCUGUUCUUUCCCCUUCCUUCUCCUCUCUCUCU